ACAAGUUUUGAUUAUUUGCAGUGAUCAUUGGAUAUGGGUCGGGCCAAAUUGGAGAUAAAGCCGAUACAGAAGAGUACGAACAGGCAAAUUACGUACUCAAAACGUAAAAAAGGUUUAAUAAAAAAGGCCUAUGAGUUGUCAACACUUUGUGAUAUCGAUCUUGCCCUACUCAUGUUUUCCCCAUCUGAUCGCCUAUGUAUCUUUUCCAGUGAGACCAGGAUUGAAGACGUUCUUGCGAAGUACAUCAAUCUCCCUGAUCAAGAAAGAGAGAAUGCUAUAGUUUUCCCUGAUCGAAGCAAACGCCAAGGUAUCCAAAACAAAGAGUAUUUGUUAAGGACUCUUGAACAACUCAAAACCGAGAACGACAUGGCCUUCCAAAUCAACGAACCUCGCUAUGAAGCUAUCCACUCCGAUGUCAAGGAACUUGAGAAAGAGCUUUGUAGAUUACAACAACAGCUUCAGAUUUCUGAGGAAGAACUGAGGAAAUUCGAACCCGAUCCAGUGAGGUUUACAUCAAUGGAGGAAAUGGAAGCAUGUGAAAAUCAUCUUCUUAGUACUCUUACUCGUAUGGUUCAGAGAAGGGAACAUUUGUUGAGCAGAUCCUUCGAAGCACCAAGUACCCAACAGAGCAUAGAAAAUAUUGAAGGCUGGGAGCCUGAGGCUGAAUUCAAACAAGCCCGUAUAAUAGCGAACUCAGCCUAUGCAUCAAAUCAGUUAAGUUAUGAUCUGCCGUUGCAAGGAAUUAUCUCAAAUCCAACCCAAACUCCAAAAUGAUGUUUGGGUGAAUCGCAAAAAUGCAAUGUUGUUGACAAAAAUAAAACAGUGCGUAUUUCCUAUGUCAGUGCCUAAACUCCUAUGGUUUUUAUCUUUCAGAUUCUGAAGUCUGAACUAUUUGUGUAAUAAAGUUUGAAAAUGUUAUUUUGUUAGAACUUAGAA